AUGUCCUUUGGCCUCAUCUACAGCAUACGGGAGUUCGACCUGGUGAUCAACCUCCCCAUGCGCGGCGGAGGGGCCCGGCGCGUGUCGUCCUUCAUGACGCAGGGCUACCGGACGCGUCGCAUGGCCGUCGACUUCUCCGUGCCGCUCGUAACUGACGUCAAGUGCGCCAAGCUGUUGGUUGAGGCCUUGCGACUAAUUGGCGGAGCUCCAGACCUAAAGACUCACGUGGACUGUGUCACUUCACGCAGGAUUGUGAAGUUGCCUGGGCUUAUUGACAUCCAUGUACAUGUCAGGGAACCAGGUGCGACUCACAAGGAAGACUGGGCAUCAUGCACGGCUGCAGCUUUGGCAGGGGGUGUGACACUCAUUUGUGCCAUGCCCAACACCCAGCCUCCUGUCACUGACCUUGAUACUCUCACGCUGUCAAAGGAGCUUGCCAGUCGAGGUGCACGCUGUGAUUAUGCCAUCUUCAUGGGUGCCUCAAAUGACAACUAUAGCACAGCACCUGAAUUGGCCCCUCGUUCCGCUGCUCUCAAGAUGUACCUGAAUGAGACGUAUACGACACUCAAACUGGACGAUACAACAGUUUGGCUUAAGCACCUUGAGUCGUGGCCAGCACAUAUCCCAGUGUGUGUCCAUGCAGAGGCGCGUACCAUGGCAGCUGCAUUGAUGACGGCAAGCUUGGCAUCGAGACCCAUUCACAUCUGCCAUGUUGCACGGAAGGAGGAAAUCCUUCUAAUUAGAGCAGCAAAAGCAAAGGGAAUGCAAGUAACCUGCGAAGUGUGUCCUCAUCACCUGUUCCUUACCUGUGACAACCUGGAACAGCUGGGACAAAAGGGAGAAGUUCGACCUUGUCUUGUCACAAGCGAAGAUCAGCAAGCUCUGUGGGACAAUCUGGACAUAAUUGAUUGCUUUGCAACAGACCAUGGAAAUUUGGAUUUCUUAAUCAAUUCUGCAAAUGCACCACAUACACUUGAGGAGAAAACAGGGGGUAAGGCUCCACCCGGUUUCCCUGGGCUUGAGACGAUGCUGCCACUCUUGCUGACGGCUGUUACGCAAGGCAGGCUCUCAAUGGAGGACCUGAUCAAUAAGCUGCACCACAACCCUCGUCGCAUUUUCCAACUGCCACGCCAACCAAGAACGCAUAUAGAAAUUGAUCUUGAUGCCCAGUGGACUAUUCCUGAAGCUCUGCCCUUCAGUAAGUCACAGUGGACUCCCUUCGCUGGCAUGAAGGUGACUGGACGUGUACAGAGAGUUGUCCUGCGAGGGGAAGUGGCCUAUGUGGAUGGACAAGUACUCUUGUCUCCUGGUUUUGGGGAAGACGUCAGGGAAGCCCAACCCCUUACCACAGCUUCCUCAAGUGUCACUGGAGGACCUCCUGUUUUCCCGAGUCCCCUUUGUGCUCAUCCCUCAACCAUCACUUUGCCACCACACAGUCAGCACACACCAGCAGGGUUUAUUAACCCUAAAGUUGCAGUUAAUGGAGAAAUUCCUACUCCUGCAGAACCAGUCCUGGCAACACCAACAACGGUCACUCCUUCCCUCUCCUCUCCAUCACGCAAAGUUGGACAGUCGCUUCACCAGACGUCAGAGUUGUAUAGCGAGAUGUUGAUGGAGCUUGGUGUGGGAGACUCGGCAGAAAGGAAGGGAAGGUCCACGGCAAGACUUAAGACAAGGGAUGCAUCUCCAGCCCGUCCAACGCCCAGCAUCCCAUCUGGUUUACCUGGCAUAACGACAUCUCACGGCCUUCAGGGUCAACAUGUCCUGAGUGUUCAGGGACUGAGCAAGGACCAGCUGAACCACAUCUUCAACUUGGCCCAGACUUUCCGUGUCUGCAUUAACAAGGAGCGACCCCUUGAGCACAUUCUUAAGGCAGGAAUGGAUAGAAUGCUUGAGGGCAAGCUAUUGGCACUGAUGUUCUAUGAAGUGUCUACCAGAACGUUCUGCAGCUUCCAGGCAGCCAUUCAGCGACUUGGUGGACGUACAGUUACAAUGGACACAAACACUUCUUCUGUCAAGAAGGGAGAGACACUUGAAGAUUCUGUGAUUAUGAUGUCAGGGUAUGCAGAUGUUGUAGUUCUGAGGCACCCUGAGCCAGGAGCUGUGGCUAGAGCAGCAGCUGUGAGCAGACGUCCAGUUAUUAAUGCAGGUGAUGGUGUGGGAGAGCAUCCAACACAGGCACUGCUUGAUGUGUUUGCCAUUAGAGAGGAAAUCGGUACUGUAAAUGGCCUGAUUAUUACAAUGGUUGGAGACUUGAAACAUGGAAGAACUGUACAUUCCUUGGCUCGAUUGUUAACACUGUACAAUGUGCAGCUUAGAUACGUUGCUCCUCCUGGCUUGGGCAUGCCAGACUAUGUCACACAAUAUGCAGCUUCACAAGGAAUCCAUCAGGAAGAAUUUAGUAGCUUAGAAGCUGCUCUCCCAGAUACUGAUGUUCUCUACAUGACACGUAUUCAGAAAGAAAGAUUUGGAACCCCAGAAGAUUAUGAAAGGGCCUGUGGACACUUCAUCGUGACGCCCCACCUGAUGACACGUGCCAAAAGGAAGAUGAUUGUCCUCCACCCCUUGCCAAGGAACCAGGAAAUUUCCCCGGAGUUCGACACGGAUCCUCGGGCUGCUUACUUCCGUCAGGCUGAGGGAGGGAUGUAUGUGAGGAUGGCGCUGCUUGCCAUGGUCCUCGGGAAGUGCUGAAUGUCGAGUGUUGUUUGAUAUUAAUUGAAAGAAUUGAAGGAAUUGUGUUGAUGAUGCUAUGUAUGAAUAGCAACUUUUUUUUUUCUUUCUUUCUCUAAAGAUGUUGGAAGAUUUAGAUGAAUCUUAAAAAUUUGUUGAAGUUAGAAAUUAAACUGAAUUGCUAUAUUAGAAAUGAAAAAGAAAAGUUUCCAGAUGGUAAGAUGAGUAAUUUAACAAUAUUAAGAUAAUCUUUUAUGAGAAUCCACACAGUAUUAUAUACAAUGGAUAUAUUUCAUAAAGAAACAAUAUUGAAUAAAUGAGCUUCACAGGAAAUACUUUCAUUUAGCACCUGUUAAUCAAAGCUCACUGUAAUCAAAUUGUAUAAGAAUUUUUUCUUAUUUUAUUUUGAUUCAAAAGAAAAAUAUCUUGUAGCUUUAGUACAUUGCUAUUUUGAUUAUUAUAAGAUGAAUUUAGGUUACAGUUAGUACUGCAUAGGAAUCAAAAUUAUGCCAAGAAAAAAUUUGUUGAAACACAUCUAUUUACUGAAAAUCAUAUUUUUUGUGAAGAAAACACAGUAUGUGGCUGAAGGUUAGCAUUCAGCUGUUAGAAAAAGAGACAUUUUCCUCAAGUAUAUUACUAUAAAUGCUUAUAUUUAGUCAAAUACUGUAUUAUUCAAAAGUAUACAUGUAUGAAGGAGAAUCUUGUGGCUGUAGACCUGUAGAUUCUGUACCCAUAUAAUAGCUAAACUUAAUAAAAACUAUGCAAAGAAUUUCA